CUCUCCUGUCAAUCGCGCUGCUCGCUGACUCGUGUUGAAAUGUGGCGGGCAGCAAUAUGAAGUCAUGAAGAGGUCUACUAAUGUGUAAAUACACCCAGAAGAACCCUAAAGUGAAGGACACAAGUGCGUUGAUGGGCUUACGAGCCAUCUGGGAGUCAUGGUGAUCUUGAGAGACGGGAUCUGCCCUGGAAUGAACGAGGAAUUCAUUAAAGCCUUACAUUCAGAGGAUAUCAGAACAGUUGAAGACUUUGUCUCAUGUAACCCCGAAGAACUUGCACAAAAGUGUUCAUUGUCUUACAAGGCUCUAGUAGCUGUUCGACGCGUGCUCCUGGCUCAGUACACAGCUUUUCCCAUCUCUGGAGCUGAUCUGUAUGAGGAACUCUUGAGCACCACCGCAAUUUUGUCCACUGGCAAUCCCAGUUUGGAUCAUCUGUUGGAUUCCGGGCUCUACACAGGGGAAAUAACUGAGCUGACAGGAAGUCCAGGGAGCGGGAAAACACAGGUGUGUUUUAGUGUUGCGGUUAAUAUAUCCCACCAGUUGAAGCAGACUGUGUUUUACAUUGACACAAAGAGUUGUGUGUGCGCAAACCGACUGCUUCAGAUGCUACAAACAAAGACCCCUAAUGUGGAGGAGCAGAUGGAGGCACUUAAAAAGAUCAAGGUGUUCAGGGUAUUUGAUGUCUUCUCUUUGCUCGAGUGUCUUCAGAAUCUCCGAUCAAAUGGCCUUCAGAAGGCGUGCGUCGGAGGUGGUUCAGUCAAAGCGCUGAUGGUGGAUUCAGUCUCUGCUGUGCUGUCAUCCAUGCUCGGAGGGAAACAGAACGAGGGUAUGUCCUUGCUGAUGCAAGUUGCAGGGGAGCUGAAGAUGAUCGCUAAAGACUUCAACGUUGCCGUACUGGUGACAAACCAUGUGACCAAAGAUGGUAAUGGGCAUUUGAAGGCUGGACUGGGACAAUCAUGGAGUCAUGUGCCACGCACACGUGUGCUCCUGCAGAGAAUGAAGGACGCAGAGGCUUCAUCCUUAAGGACUGCGACUCUGACUAAAUCAUCACGACAGGGUUGUCAUCUGGUAGAGGAGUUUGAUCUUUGUCACUGGUCUGAAGAGAGGAGAACCUCCAUUUCAGGCAAGAGGAAACUAGAGGAAAGAAGUAAACCUUGACAAAAAAAAAGUUCCACAGUGUUUUCAGUGAUAACAUGAA